AUGGCUGAAGAAUUGAACGAAAGGGGGCGUAAGGCCUAUUUACGGGGCGAUUUUGCAAGUGCCCGGGAGCUUUAUGAAAAGGCUGCCCUCACUGAUGGCGAACUGGGUGGAAUUGAACCCAAGUACUUUUCAAACCUUAGUGCGGCGUUUUUCGAACUCGGAGAGUAUGAGAACUGCACAAAAGCGAUUGAAAAGUCGUGGGCGAUCCUCCAGACGGCUGCGACUCCACUUGAAUGUAAUCCCUUGGCCGCGAGGCUCGCCACGCGAUAUGCAAAGGCGUAUUGUUUUAUGAAUACUGCGGCCCACAUCAAGGUUGACGACACUAUCAAAGAGUUUGUGAAAAGUCAUCCAGACAGUGACCAGGGCGCGAUGAUGGAGGCGCGUGCUUGGUGGAACCUUCUGAACGAGCGCCGAGCUAGGAAUACUGGUGUAUUCAAGACCAUACAUCUCCCAACGAUGGAUUUCUUCCGCUUUGGUACUGACCGUAUCCAGUCGCUCAUAGACGGCCGCCGGCAGCAUGACCCUUUGACGGAGAUGAGGCAGCGAGACCUUGACUCCGUGGAGAAGGAUCAACUCGCCUUCCUCUUCGGUGGAUCUGGUGAUGCGCGACACGUCUUCGGAACCAUACUCCAUGCAGCCAACUUGGGAUGGACAAACCAAUGGCACAUGACCCUCGUCGAAAUUCAUCCCGCAACUGUAGCAAAAACGCUUGUCAUCUUCGAGUUACUUUGGAUGAUUGGCCAGGCAACGAACGAAGAAGAAAAAGAUGAGAUUUUUGCUACGCUCAUCUUCAUGUAUACGACGUUCCUUCUGCCGGACUAUUGUGUCGAUAGGCUGAUAAAAACAUCUGCAGCAGUCGAAAAACGACUUUCUUCUGCCAAAGGAAGCGGCCCGAUUGCCCUCUACAGCCACCUCUCCGUGGCACGGAGUUCGAUGCCUACCAUCAUUGCCGUUUUGAAGCAGUGGUCUACGCCUCUCGGGAAGACAGCAGCGGGCAUGAUCAAGUACAACCCCCACAUUAGGCGGGUGUCGAAGGCUGAGGAAUGGCUCAUGCUGCUGGGGGAGACUGACGCCAACGAGCUAAGGGAGCUCGAGCAACAGGUUCUUCAAACAACUAAAGCGUUGUUUCCGCCAGAAACUCUUAUUCAACGCCAUCCAGCAAUUCAUAAGGCUUAUACGACGAAGAGGUUGACCAGCUCAAUAAUCCGUGACAUCAAGAUUGAGGUAUUGGAGAGGUGGAAACCGAAUUUCCUCAUCUUUCGAUAUGAAGACACUUGCGGCGCGCGACUCCUCAAUCUUGGGGAUGGAUAUCCAUCAACUCAGCAGAACGCACACGACGAACUCCUCGAUUACUAUACCAUGUGCAUGAGGUUCUCGCGCAGGAGCCAAAUCGACUCGAUCUUGUCCACCCCGCGCACGACCUUCAGCGUACUUAAGCGAGGUUGUCCUGGAGGAUGUUAUCUUGGAAUGUGGUUGAGCAACAUUCCGUAUGUAUACAUCCCUUUCUACGUUGCUGAAGCGAUCGCUUCACUCAUCUUUCGCUACCGAGACAGUGACUACACGGGUGGGCCUUUGAAUAACAUCAUCUUCCUCGUCCCACACCUCCAUCGUUCCAAAUCCAACAUGCUCAUGUUCAAUAAACUGAUCAACACCGGCUUAUUCUCGACUGUGGCAGAUGUCACCUACAACUACACACUCCUUGAGGAGAAGGAUCUGCGCCAAUUUCUGGGCUGUCGACACGUCGACUCCAUGUCCCAGGGCAGUGUGUGGGGAUGGAUUGCUCUGGUUGCAGACACAGACAAGAUGCUUAAGGUCUCCGCAAGGCCUUCCCAAGCUGAACUGCAUGACUGGCUCGCGCUCCUUUUACUCUCCACGGUCAAGUCGGCACACAGCGAGCGAGGCAGUUACCGGGUCGACCAGCCAAACAACCUCGCAGUCGUUGUCCACCUUCUAAUCUACCUUCACGACUUUAUGGGUAUCCCUGGAGGGUGGCUUGCAGACUUCGUUGGGGCUGUUUCUGAAAAUCGAUUGGUGACGGCGGCGAGGCCUUACUGCGGCUUCUUGCCCAUCCCCGUCUCCCAUGCGAAGAACAGGAAACCAAGGGCAGAGAAGGUUAACCUACGCCCCUGGCUCAAUGACUUUCAGCUCGCCCUCUCGGAUUUGGCACCAUUGAUUCGCUUCCCUAUACACCAUAUUAUUCCCGAGAACUUCAUCCUGGAACCAAAGGACAUUGUACACAUCAAGACUCGGGUCAUGGACAGGGGCGCGUUCAUCCCGCCGUACUUCGGUGAUCAUGUGCUGAGACCUGUCCUUGGUUUUGCAUUCUACAAGUUGAACAAGGGUGUCGACAUCGCUGCCGUUCUAAAGGACGAAGGACUGAUGAAGGUUAUCCAGUCGGGUGAAGAGGAGGUAGCGAAGAAGUUUGGGGGUCUGCAAAUCAUGCUGUCGCAGGGAAAUGUUGAGGUGAUUGAAGACGAGUGUAGGGAUUGGGAGAGAGGUGAUCCUAGGCUUUUCCCGCCUUCUUUUGUUAGUUGGAGGAUGGCCAGGGCGGAGUAUGAGAGAAUGCGCAGUGAGGGUUGGAAGAUGAUGUUGUACCGGACGGAUAGCAGCAUUAUCAUUAGCACAACCGCCGAGGCGGCGGAGUGGUUUGUUGCUACUGAUGCAUAA